AUCAACUGCUCUCUCUAAGCAAACAAGGUGAAAUGGAUCUGCACUUGCCUCAUUGCUUGCAGGCCGUAUAAUUUAUUUCUCUAAAAUAUUACUUGGCUGUCUUAUAUCUAUACUAUUAACAAGGUAUGAGCAGAAUUUUGGCUUGUUUUUAUAUUGUUUUACUAAAAGGCCCCCCUCCAUUUACAUAUAAACUAACUAUGCACAUAGUAGUAGCACUUUAUGAAUGAAUGUUAAAAAAUAAUAUUUAUAAAUAAAUGUACAGAUAUUAUUUUUUAUAUUUUGCAUAUAUAUCAAUUGCUAGUAAAUGAAUAUUUGAACCAUUUCAAUCUGUACAGGUGAAGAGAUGGUUUACCCUUGACUCUAUAUAUAUAUUAUUUUCUAUUUAGUUCUACAUAAAAAGCGCUUAGUAAGUAGUUGGAUGAAAUUUGAUUGAAUAAAAAUAUAACAAUAAUAAUAGUAAUAAUUGUUAGUUGUUAUAUAUAGCCAUUUUCUUCUUGAUUGAGGUGUUUCAAAUUCAAAUUCAGGACAAUCUGACCUUGUCCUUGUGAAACAAAAAGUAGGAUGAAGAUUUGAUAAUCAAAUUUACACAUGAAAUUACAUAGAAACCCUGUCCUCUUCUCUUUUAUAUUUGCUUGCUUGGUAAACUCAACAAACACCUUCCACUUCAAAUAUAAAAAAUGGAAAAGAAAAAUAAGAACAUUAGAGAGAGAAUCAAUUAAUAGAAGAAGAUGUGAUAUAUUUUCACUUUUCGUUGGAUGGUAAUUUACACACAUCAGUUCGGCGCACACUUAAGACUUACGUAUGUAUAUAUAUAUGCAAUAUCUUUCCUAUAUAUGCGAGAGAAAGAAAAGCCGGUGUUCCCUGGUGAGAGAUGGCAUCUUUCGACCAUGCGUACAGCAUGGACGGCGACGCGUUGCCGCAUCCAUUUGACGACGGCGGAUACGCUGCCUAUGGCAAUUCCUACACCGCCUCACUCCGCAGCGGCUUGCACCCCAGGGUACGGCGACACUGAGGAGGUGGCAGUGGAUCACGUGAAUAGCCUUGACCCGUUAGGUUUCAGCUCGAAUCCUCAACCAUUCGGAUCAUCCGGUUUGCUUCCGAUCUCCAAUGGCAAUGGCAGUUUGUCUUAUAACAUCGGGGAAGAUUCCGAGGGAAUAUUCAGCUCGGACGGACCGAUCCUUCCGCCUCCUAGUGAGAUGCAAGAAGAAGGAUUUGCUUUUCGCGAAUGGCGGAGGCAAAAUGCCAUUAGGCUGGAGGAGAAGGAGAAGCGGGAAAAGGAAAUGCGAAACCAAAUCAUAGAAGAAGCUGAAGCGUAUAAACAAGCUUUUUAUGAGAAAAGAAAGCUUAAUUUAGAGACUAGCAAGACUAACUACCGAGAGAGAGAAAAGUUAUUCGUGGCCAGCCAAGAAAAAUUCCAUGAAGAUGCUGAUAAACAGUACUGGAAAGCCAUAGCAGAGCUCAUUCCUAAUGAAGUGCCCAACAUUGAGAAGAAGGGAAGGAAGAAGGAUCAAGAUAAGAAGCCAUCUAUCACGGUCAUCCAAGGGCCCAAACCUGGUAAACCAACUGAUCUUUCAAGGAUGCGUGGAAUAUUGGUGAAGCUCAAACACAGCCCCCCAGCUUGCAUGUUACCACCCCCACCUGCUCCCGCUAAGGAUGGGAAGGAUGACAACGAUGGGAAAAAUGCAAAAAAUGCUACGGAUGCAACAUCUAAUGCUGUGAAAGAGGCCGUAGCUGCAGCUGCUAUGGACUCUGUUUCGAAUGGAACAGCAGCAGAAUCUGUUGCCCCAGCUAAUGCCCCAACAAGUUGAGAUUCUUUGUUGUUGUGUGAUUGUUUGAUGAACAUUCCUUGGUACUGUAAUGAUCUUUUCUUUUCUUUUUUUGUUUUGACAUUAUUUGAGCCUGUCAAUUGUAUUUACCUUCCAGCGCAGAAACUGUUGACACUUAAGUUCCUUAUUCCUUUCACCCAGCCUAAUUUAGAAAUGAAGGUUUGUCGAAGAGAGCAUUCACAAAUGCCAAUGAAAUAUUUACCAAUGAAUAAUUACAUAUGCUAUGAAAGAAUUAAACCAGAAUCAUGUGUUUGAGGACAGAAUACGGGAAGCUCUCAGAUCCAUGUCUCCAUAGUCCAUUCUACAUAUGUACCAAAAAUGCCCCCCAGAGGCAGGAAAGAUCUAAUGCAGAUCAUUGAGAAUUCAAUAAACAAGGCAUGAGAAAUAUCAUUAGAUUGAA